CUUGCCUAAGCAGCGUUCAGAUGAGCCAGAAAGAAAACCCGUGAUUUCUUCAGGCCGGUGGGUGGAUCCCUUCACAGGUUCAACUUCCUGCAUCAGGGAGUAUAUUAGAGGCCAUGUGUUGCUCUUCCUCUAUCACUCAGGCUUGUAAACAGUCAGAGUGUCGGGGAAGGAAGAAUCCUUUGCUGCUGCUGACCCACUGCUUCAGAAGUCAUGUCGGCUCUGUCCUUGUUGCUGGUCCUGCUGGCGGUUGCCUCCACCACCCUGAGCGUCAACCCGGGCGUGACGGUCAGGCUGACCGAUAAAGGCCUCCAAUACGGGAAACAACUGGGCAUCGCCGCCAUGCAGGAGAAACUUAAAUCUAUCCAAAUUCCAGAUUUUUCUGGCUCAGAAAGGGUGUCUCCCAUUGGCAAAGUCAAGUACAGUCUGACAAACAUACAGCUGGUGAACGUGGGGUUGCCGAGGUCUGCGGUGGCUCUGGUGCCGGGGACAGGGGUCAGGCUGACCAUCGGAGACGCCUUCAUGAAUCUGCAUGGAAACUGGAGGGUCAAGUACCUCAGAGUAAUAAAAGACAGCGGCUCUUUUGACGUGAAUGUCAACGGACUCACAAUCAGCACGAGUAUCGUCGUGAAAAGUGACGCGACGGGUCGGCCGGUGGUCAGCAGUACCAACUGCGUAGCCAGUGUGGCCAGUGCCAAAGUCAAGUUCCACGGUGGAGCCAGCUGGCUCUACAAUCUCUUCAGCAAGUUCAUAAACAAGGCUCUACGAAACGCUCUGCAGAAACAGAUCUGUCCUCUGGUGGACAAGACAGUUACUGGUUUAAACCCUAAGCUGCAGACACUCAAUGUGCUGGCCAAGGUGGACAAAUAUGCAGAGAUUGAAUAUUCCAUGGUGUCAUCUCCGGUUAUUUCACAAUCGACUCUUGAUCUGAACUUGAAGGGUCAGUUCUACAACAUUGGGAAGCACCAGGAGCCUCCGUUCACCCCCGCAGCCUUUUCCCUGCCGUCCCAGAACAACAACAUGGUGUACAUGGCCCUGUCCGCCUUCACCGCCAACUCUGCAGGUUUCGUGUACAACAAAGCUGGAGUCCUCAGCCUGUACAUCACAGACGACAUGGUCCCCAAAGGCUCUCCGUUCCGACUCAACACCAAAACGUUCGGAGUCUUCAUCCCGCAGAUUGCAAAGCAGUAUCCAGGUCUGAUGAUGAAGCUGCUGCUGAGGGCUGAGAACAGUCCCACCAUCACUUUCCAGCCCAAAAAUGCAACCGCUGUGGCCACUGCCACGGUGACGGCGUACGCCAUCCAAUCCAACGGCACACUUUCCCCUCUUUUCAUCCUGAACUUGGAGAGCAGCGUGAGCGCCGACGUGUACGUCAGAGGACUGAACAUUGCCGGACGCCUCACUCUCAACCAGCUAAAACUGUCUGUAGGAACCAGUUAUGUGGGGCAGUUUCAGGUCGGCGUCCUUGACAGUGUGCUCCGAAUGGUCCUCAAAGUGGUAGUGAUACCCAUAGUCAAUGUUCAACUCGAUAAGGGUUACCCACUUCCUGCAAUCGGAAAAAUGAACCUUGUGAACCCCCAGCUUCAAAUAAUGAAGGAUUACAUGCUGAUCGGGACAGAUGUUAACUUCACAGGGUGAACUGCAAAGAUCUAAAAACUGGAAGAAUACACUGGGUUUUUUUUUUUCUUUUUUUUUAUACCGUUGUCAAACAUUUUCAUUUUUGAAAUGUUUUUUUUUUUACAUUUGCUUGAUUUUUUUUUUUUUUUUUUUUUUUUUUCUCAAAAACUGUAGAUGAGAUGUGUGUGGAACUGGUGCCCUCUAUUAUUCCUUUUCAGGAAUAGUUCACUCCUUCCAAAGCAGAUUGCAGCCCCUUUCAGCUAAUGACUUUAGCUAAAUUCUGUUUGAAAGUUUCUAUCUUAGUGAAAUGAUUCUGUGAAUGUGCAGAUCUGAACAGUUCUCCUGCAGAAUCUCCUUACAGCACAGUUUGGUCUCAAACUCCAGUCCUCCAGUCGCUGUCCUGCAGUUUUUAGAUGUGCCACAGGUACAAAAUACUGGAAUGAAAUGACUUGAUUACUUCCUCCUUGUGUAGAUCAGUUCUCCAGAGCCUUAAUGACCUAAUUAAUCUAUUCAGGUUUGGUGCAGCAGAGGAACAUGUAAAAGUUGCAGGACAGCGGCCCUUGGGGACUGGAGCCUUAUGGUGUCACUGCAACCAAUCAAUCAAAUUCAUUGAGGGGGGAAAAAAUAGAAACCAGACAGGCAAUAGUUGAACAAUUAUUUAUCAUAAUAAAUAACUGAAUUUUAGUCAAAUAAAUACAACUAUUCUUGACAAUAAAGGCAUAUAAAGUUGAACAUUAAAUAGUGGCUCUUAGCAUCACUUGUAUCCAUCACAGCUGGGGGUCGUUGUUGAUUUCAGGGAGCUGUGACUGAGGGCCCGGCCCCUCAGGCUCUGGGAGCCGGCUGACAGGAUCUACACAGACAGAAGACGUCAGACUGAAUGUAGCAGAAACCAAACUACCGACAUGUCAGGUUAUCCAGCUGUACAAAUGUACAAAUACUUCUACUCAAAUUGUUAUUUUUUAUUGUACAUUUCAAUAGGAAAAUGACAUUCAAGAAUUUAAUUCUGGGAUUUUUUCUUACUGUGAAAACUAUGAUGUCAAACUACUGACAAAAAACUUGUAAUCAUUGUAUCUCAUGUUCAAUGUGGAAUUGAUUAAAUUGGUUCUAAUAAAUGUUUGUCAUCAUCUUAA